GUACAAAAAUUAAACUCUUAACUUCAACAUCGAAAACAUCACAUUCUGUAAAAAACCCAAAACGUCGAAAUCGCUUAAGCAAUAUUGACAAUAAUUUUACAUAUCCAUUUAUGGAACCAUUAUUAGCCAAUGAACUUUAAGAAGGCACGAAACAAACUUACCAAAGUCGGAGCUUUAAAAGUUCUCGCUUUAACCUUUUUAUAUAAAAACUUUUUAAAUUUAACAAACAUAUUCACAAAAAAAAAUUGUUUUUAAAUAUGAGUCAGCUUUUUAGUAGGGAAAAAGAAAAUAAAAGCCAAGUAGCUUUAAAAAACCGGAAAAUUUUAGAUGAAUUAUUAACAAAUGGAAUAAAAACAUUAAGUAAAGAAGAAAGGUUUCUGUAUGUUAACUUAGUUGCGAGUAUAUGCAUCAACCUUUGUAGCAGGAGACACAUAGACCUUAGUAAACACCACAAAAAGUUUACGUGGGUCAGAUUUCGUUCUGAUGAGAAAGAGUAUGUGAAGGCUAAGGAGCAAGAAGAAGCCGAUGAACACACUGAAGAAGAUGUAAAUUUAGAAGAAAAAAACCAAUUUCCAUUAAACUCAGAAAAGGAGGAUGUAAAAGCAGCCGAAGUUUUAUAUUUUAAAACAGAUGAAGAAAUCUACUUGGAAUUUCUUCAAAAUUUGUGCGUAAGAGUGGAACUUCCUGGAGCAGAAACUGAGUCAGUAAUAAAAAUUUACUCAACGACUUUGAGAGAAGCCUUAAAAGAUCCUGAAUCCUGCGUCACACUCCCCUCUGAAAACUACAUUGCUGCGCUACUGGAUAGUUACCUUAAUAAUUUUGAUCUACCCGACAAAUCGUCGAGUUUACAAGAUGAACAAGAAAAAGUUUCUAAAAAAACUUCAGAAGAUCAGGUUAAUAAAGAUUUUCCAACCGAAGCGACUAAGCCCGAAGAAGAAACAAUCAGCGAUAAAAAAGAAGGGCCUGCUGAUAACGAAAAUAUAACAUUUAUUUUUUGGAUUCUUAUGCAGGAUUUACUUAUUACUGCUAUAAGUUUAGGAGUCUACGACAGCCGGUAUAGAGCGCUGUAUAGGAAAAUGGUCAGCCUUUUUAGGCCUCAUUUGAAUUGGUUUAACGCGCUCGCCUUUGAGUCACAACUGGGAGUAUUUAUCCUCGAACGAGACAGCAAACAAGACGACGUGCUUGUCCAGGCACAGAAAGAGGAAAGAGAAAAGCUACAAGAAAGAGGCAAAAUUAAAAAAUACGCUUUGAUUGGUGCAGCUGCAGUUGGUGGCGGAGUUUUAAUUGGAGUCACAGGAGGACUGGCAGCACCGCUAGUCGCCGCCGGGGCCGGCGUUAUUUUAGGUGCAUCGGCAGGAACGUUUUUAGCGACUGCCGGAGGCGUGGCACUAACAACCACAUUAUUCGCGGGAGCAGGAAUGGGUCUGGCUGGUAGCGCCAUGUCCAACCGAGUGGCAGAUUUGCAGGAGUUUGAGUUUAAAUGUGUAGCGAAAAAUCCGGGAUCUUUGAGUGUGCUUGUGUCAGUUUCUGGAUGGAUUAGUGAAGAUUAUGACUUUGAGGAUCAAUGGGGUUCCUUAGACGACUUUAGCGAGCGAUACGUAAUUAUAUGGGAAAGAGAAGAUCUUCGAAACGUCACCAAGUCGAUUAAGGACAUCGCAGUCAACAUGGGAACAACUUUUGUGGCGAAACGAAUUAUCGCACAAACAUCUCUAGCAGCUCUCCUUGCAGCUGUGGCGCUGCCUAUGUCCCUGAUGGACUUAAAACUAGCCAUUGAUAAUCCCUGGAGCAGAGCGAUGUCCAGAGCAAAAAAAGCAGGCGCGGUAUUAGCAGAUGCUCUUGUAGAAAGGAAAUACGGGCAACGGCCUGUAAAUCUAAUUGGCCACAGUUUCGGUGCACGUGCUAUUUUUUUCGCGUUGCUUGAUCUUGCUAGCCGGAAGAAACCUUUUCGGGGUAUCAUCGAAAACGUCUAUCUAAUGGCCGCUCCAGUGCCGAUAGAUCCGUCCACGUGGUUUAAGGCCUGUAGCGUAGUUGCAGGAACGAUAACCAAUUGCUAUCACCCAAACGAUAUGGUACUUGGACUGUUUUAUCGCGUAACGUCCAUUUCCAUGGAUGUGGCGGGUAUUUCGCCCAUCGAUCUUCCACAAUCGCUUGUGGAAAACGUGGAUGUCUCAGACGUCGUGAACGGGCACACAGACUAUCCAGACAAGAUGGAUCACGUUUUAUAUAAAAUCGGUGUGUUAAAAGAAAAGCCACCCUCUGUAAACACUGAAGAAACUAAAGAAACGCUUUUUGAAAAAUGCCAACAAGAAAGUAACGAAAAAGCACUUCCACAAGAAUCAGCCGAAAUAAAUCCAAAAGUUUCGGAGGAAGUUGCAAAAAAUCAAUAAAAUUUG